GGGGAUUGCCAUUUCCGGAAAGCCAUGGUUGUGUUUACUAAACACGUGCUGCAUCUCGCGAAAGGAUUAGGAGCUACUUUAACCACAGGGGUGGUCGGUUACGCGUUAUAUUCUAAUGUUUACGAAGGGAAGACAGUGCACGCGUCCUGGACAACCAACUUUGAGCCCAGCGUCAAAUGGGACGAUAACUGGGACCGGAGGAAUCCAGAAAGCCUUGUUAAACCCCUGAGAAGUCAUCCAUCCGAGAAAGAGACAAAAGACAGAGCCAAUGAGAUAGAGAAACAGAAACCAACAGCCACACGACAUCUGAUCCUGAUUCGUCACGGACAGUACAACCUAGAUAGCAAGGAGGAUUCGGAGAGAAUUCUCACCCAGUUAGGGAGAAAACAGGCAGACUACUGUGGAAGACGGUUAAAAGAAGCGGACUACCCGUACACCAAACUGAUCUCGUCCACGCUGACCAGAGCCGUGGAAACAGCAGAAAUUAUUCACAAACAUCUUCCACAUCUGAGCUGGGAGAAGGAAUCCAAUUUGUGUGAGGGUGCCCCCAUUCCUCCUGAACCUCCUGUGGGCCACUGGAGACCAGAAAAAUCGCAGUUCUUCCAAGAUGGGCCCAGAAUAGAAACUGCCUUUAGACAGCUCUUUCAUAGAGCAGAGGCUGAACAAACAAAGGACAGCUAUGAGAUUGUAGUUUGUCAUGCUAAUGUUAUCAGAUACUUUAUAUGCAGAGCUCUUCAAUUUCCGCCGGAAGCCUGGCUAAGGAUUAGUCUAGAUCAUGCUAGUAUCACCUGGGUAACCAUUCGACCGUCUGGACGUGUGUCGAUCCGGAGACUCGGAGAUUCUGGAUUUAUUCCAGCUAACGAGGUCAGCGCUGUCUGACAAAACGGAAAUAUAUGGAGAAUUCAGACACACAUAAAUGUGUUCAUAUGUUGAUCUCAUAGGUUUCCAUCGUGUAUUUUCUCCUAAUGGCUGGGAUGAAGAUAAACAUGGACUCUGAUCAACACUGGUAAAAUGCAUGCUGGCUGUGUGUGAUAUGUAUGAACAAAAUUAUCAGACAUGUUCCACCUACAGGAAAUGACUGGGUAGAAAAUCAAUAGGACAUACAUUUCCUUUGAAUAAUGCCUAUUUGUCAUAGCAUGUCUAUUACCUCAUGUACAUUUUCAGAACUUGUACUUAUUGAAAUAUAUUGACUUCCCACAUGUGAAUACAGA